AUGACUGCCCCGACUGUCAAACAGGACACUACACUGAGAGCGCACAGCAUGCAUAACUCUGCAAUCAAAACAGCGUCUACAUACGUCAAAGCAGUUCAGGAGAGCAGAAAGUACAUCACCAAUCGUCUUAGCUCCCAUGCUGAUCUCCUUAUGAGCCGCUGGCGGAAGCGAAGCCGGGAAAAACAUCGCGAGCUACUGCACAAGGCCGUGCCUAAGCUCGAGGAAUCGCAGUGGACCAACUCCAGAUACGGAUACAGCGACGAGAAAUUUCAAUUCGGUGAGCGAAAUUUGCAAAGGCAACGCCAACUGCUGGUUCCAUGGCUCAAUGUCGAGGUGCUCAAGACGAGCCCGGCCAUCCUGUUCGCUCUCCUCCAUUAUCGGACUCUAUAUCCGCCAAAGGACUUCGCUCCGCUAGACUGUCGUCAGAUGGAAUUAUCGUGCGUCACUUGA